AUGGUCUCUGCUGCGGCCUCCAUCCCCAACCUCGCCGGUACCGUCGUCGACGACCGUUACGAGCUCAUCCAAAAGCUCGGGUCCGGCUCGUAUGGCGUCGUCUACAAGGCGAUCGACCUCACGGACGGCAUCUUUGUCGCGGUGAAGGUCAUGAACCUAGCUGGCCGGAGCGACGCCGAUCGUAAAGUCAUUAAACGAGAGAUCGAGUUGCAUCACAUCGUCGGCGACACCAAGGGCGUGGUCGGGUUUACCGACCUC